CUCCCAAACUAGUCAUUCUCUAGUCGCUACUAGAAGAAACCGUUUUAUUAUAAUCUUUUGCUCUUUCUUUCUUUUUCAAAAUAUCAAAACCGAAAAAAAUAUCCAAAACUAAAAUGGCUGCGGCUGCACCACCACCUCCUCCGGCGCCGGCACCGACGCCUCCCUCAACCGUUCCACAAGGCUCCACCCCAAUGGGCUUCCCGAUCUUCGCCCGUAUCCGCCUAGCUCAACCCACUGACGUUCCCCAUAUCCACAAACUGAUCCACCAGAUGGCCGUGUUCGAGCGCCUGACUCACCUCUUCUCCGCCACUGAAGCCUCUCUCUCCUCUACUCUCUUCACCUCUCCACCAUUUCAGUCCUUCACCAUCUUCAUCCUCGAGGUCUCGUCACAGCCCUUCCUCGAGGACCUACUUCACCAUAACAAUCCUCUCUAUCAGCCCAAAGUCCAGGUCGUCAAUCUAGAUCUCCCGAUCGAUGAUCCAGAAAGGGAGACCUUUAGAUCGACCGGUUCAAGUUCCGAUGUCAUCGCUGGAUUCGUUCUGUUCUUCCCGAACUACUCAUCGUUCCUGGGGAAGCCAGGGUUUUACGUGGAGGACCUGUUCGUGAGGGAGUGUUACAGGAGGAAAGGAUUUGGAAGGAUGUUGCUGAGCGCAGUGGCGAAGCAGGCGGUUGAGAUGGGUUACGGAAGAGUGGAGUGGGUGGUGCUCGAUUGGAACGUGAAUGCGAUUAAGUUCUACGAGGAAAUGGGAGCUAAGAUUUUGCAGGAAUGGAGGAUUUGCAGGCUCACUGGUGAUGCCCUCCGAGCUUAUGGUAAUGCUCGUUAGGGUUUUACCUUACUUUUGUGCUUGUGUUUUCUCUGGUUCUUUGGUGAAAUGGAAAUUGCUCUUAGGGCUAGAAAUUGGAGAUAGUAAUGCCAUGAAUCUUAGGGCUUCUUCAUGAUUUCUGUUAAUAGUUUGUACCCUUUCAACUUUUGAAGCUACAAUAACAGAGAUAUAAACUCUUUCCAAUUCA